AUGUCUAUCUCUUGUAUCAAUAAAGCUGACAAUUUUAAAUGGGUCCUCACAAAUGUUUAUGGUCCUAACAAGCCUACUGAGAGAGAUGAUUUCUGGAUGGAGUUAGAUAAUGCUUCAAGACUCUGGGACCUGCCAUGGUGUCUUGGAGGUGACUUUAAUGUCAUUCUGAAGUGUGAUGAAAAAAAGGGUUGUACCAAAAUCACUAAAAGCAUGAGAGAUUUUGCUAACUUCAUCUACACUCAUGAUCUUAUUGAUCUUCCCAUGAAAGUUUCUAGGUACACUUGGUCUAAUGGCCAGUCUAAUCUUGUCAUGUCUAGAUUAGAUAGAUUCCUUCUUUCCCCCUCUUUUGAAGCUCACUAUCCUUUUGCCUCCCAACUUGCUAAAGAUGAACCUACCUCAGAUCAUAUCCCUCUUCUCCUAGACAUUUCAGAUUCUUCUUGGGGUUCUAGUCCAUUUAGGUUUGAAGUUAUGUGGUUUUUGGAGAAUGGUUUCAUUAAAUUAUUAGAGGAUUGGUGGCAAUCUUUCUGUUUUGCAGGUACAGCUAGCACUGUUCUUUGGCUAAAGUUGAAGGCACUAAAAGAGAAGCUGCAGAUAUGGAAUAAGGAGGUGUUUGGCAUCACCAACUCUAAGCUUAACCUGAUUCUUGAGGAAAUACAAGACAUAUAUGGUUAUGCAGAAGAUAACAUCUUAACUGAAAACAUGGUGAAUGAGAAGAUUAAGUUGAAGAAAAAUUUGAAAAAGUUACUAAGAUGA